CAGAGCCGCAUCGACUUGCUCGCAACGCCCUGGAACCUCAACAUAGCUGCCGCGAACUGUCUUGUUUCUCAGCCAUGCUAGCCUCAUAUGCGUAUCGGUUUUCUUCCAUCAGCUUCGAUUUUUAACAUCUCAAUAUCUUGCCAUAUUCCAUCUUGCUCAAUCUUCGAAUACAUGGGGCCGGAGCCCGUGACCUUACUCGCCCACGUAUCACCCGCAUCUCCCCAUUACGUCGCCACAAUCACCCCCACCUCCAGACUCAAGACGGGGAAUCGGAAUGCCAAGCACGAAGCACCAGCUUCGACUCCCAAGCUCCCCUUCAAGACGAGACUGCAGCAUCUGGGUCCGCUGCGAUGCGGCAUCCCGCGUGGGCGUGUGCAUGCUCACGGAUUCGCAUACGGGUGUCGUACAAAGCCAGCAAGAGCGAGGAGAAAAAGGGAACGGGGGUUGUGCUGCGGAUCUGCGGAAGUGACGGUGGUAACGUUACCCGGGCCAUACAGGAGUCGAUCUGUCCGAAGAGAAGGGCGCCACAUAGGGGGUUACGUGGUUUAGCUCGGCCUUCACGUCAUUUUCUCACUUUUUCGACGAGGAGAUGAAAAUGCUCGGACGAGACGUGAGAAUGGCGCAAUACGUGCAGUGCAUGACUUGGAAAGAA